AUGAACGUCCCAUCGGAUGAUUGGGAUGCUAGAGUCUACAACAACAUGAAUUACAUAAGGGAUCACGACAAUGCUUCCUUUGAAGACUCAGAGCGAUUCGAAGACGAUUCUGAAUGUUCUUUCAUUUCCUCAGAAGGAAGCAUCAUUCAAAAUUGGAGAGGAUGGGACAAUGGCACAGGAUCCUCCUUGUUGAAUUACCAUUGCACCUCCGGUCGUUACUCCUCGGCAUCAAAUAAUACUGUUGUGCCUCUUAAUAGAAGCUUAUGUGCUGAGCAAAAAGCUCCUGUUAAUCCAUCGACUCUGCUCGAGUUGUCGGCAAAAGUAUGUGCACGAUCGUUAUCGUUUGAACAGCUAGAAUUACAUUGGAAAGAAAUUAACAGAAAAAGAGAAGAAGAAAGUUCUGAUUAUUUAAUCCCAUCAUAUUGUAUACCAGAGAAUCUUAUUUUAACAAUUAUUCAAUAUUGCUUCCCCACAUCUAUGGAUGAUAUCCGCUUGUAUUGUUGUCUAGCCAACGGUAAUGGCAAUGAGUUUUCAAAUGGAGAUACUAUAUUCAGCUGUGGUGCUGUGAAAGAUGUAGUUCAAAUCGGAUAUUUAAUAACCGCGAAAAUUUCGGCGGUGCCACAGAAGGAGAGAGCUAGUCUCCCGCUUGAUAAACCUGGAAAAGAGUAUGAUGUGGCUAUUCAGCUUGACCGAGGUCGAAUCGUUGGUUGUAAAUGUACAUGUGGAAAACGACCACCUUGGUGUUUACAUGUUGUUGCUGUCUGUUAUCAUCGUAUUUAUCGCUCAUCAGAGGUUCAGUAUAGGAAGCCUAUAUGGGACUCCAUAAACGAACUGAAUCAUGAAGAGUUGAAGAAAAUGGUCCAGUUUUUUAUUCAUCAGAUUCCUUGGGAGUAUCUUUCUACUGCUCAAAAACUGCUUGAUGGGUUGAAAGCUCCGAAUUCUGAGAUUAACAAGUCGAUUGGGGUUCCUGAUCCAACUGACGGAGGCCAUGAUGAGGUUCCCAGAUGGACUUUCAGUGAACAGGAUGUUCAUUUCAAGAUUAGGAAGCUUUUACACGUUUUUUGUAUACCAUCUCCUGUUGUUUACUCAGACGUCAGAGCGAUGAGUUCUCCUAUUUAUAGUCAGCACCCCAUUGCCCAAGAAUGGAGAACUCUUCGUAAAUGCAUGCGAGCCCGCGAGCCCGAAGGCUUGUGGAACUUGAUUUCUAUUGUAAAAGAAAUGUUCUCAAGGAGAGAUUCUAAUGCUAUGUCAGUACUUCGAAUCAUAACAGAGGAAUGCUUAGCCAAUAGUCAGGUUCUUACGUGGUGGUAUAUAACAAGGCUUUUGCACACCAACGAAUGGGUUCAAUACUGCCAACCAAAAAAUGAGAGUGCAGAGAAGAGUAAUCAAAUAAAUGCAUGUCUUUUGAUGGAAGAAAUCGUGUCGUUAUGGAAAACGUCGUCUUUAGACCCUUCUUUAAGCGAUGAAAAUAAAACACAGCUCUUCACAUUACUCCAAAACUAUCACAGACUUGCUGUGAAACGUAUUUGGAAGUUCAUCAAAGAUACAGACAUGGAUGAUACUGGGCAAAAAUCUGUACAGUUCUUCUCUGGUUUAUCGAAGAAAGGACAAUCUGAACACUCCUUGACGCUGCAAACAGCGAAGUUCACAAUGAAAGAGUUUCCUGGUUUCCAUCCCGCAUUACAUGCCUGUUGGACUCUGCCUAUUCUCCGAGUUGCUCAAGUCGAAGAUGUUCCCUCAACAAGCUCAAUUGUCACUGAUUGGACUGUUGACACUUGCAUCCCCUUACAAUUCGGUAACAGCUCAGAUUUCCAAACCACGGGAAAGAACAGACGUGUACCUCGUCCUAUUGGUCGUGGUACGAGGAGAGUGUCUCCAGAUGAAGAAAGCUCCGAGUCUGGACAAGAAAGCGAGCACGAUGCUGUCGGUGGAAACGAUGCACCGGGAGGAUUCCCGCAGGAAGAACUUGAUAGCGUAUUAGCAGCUUCAUAUUUAGCCAUGGAACCAUUAGAUAUGAGGUUCAUAAAAUGUGAAGCGCUUUAUGCUCACGGCUACCACCAAGAAGCGAUUCAUCUAGCUAUUGAUAUAGCUCGUACCUUAAGAUUGCAUAUGCCUGGAAUAGAUGAAUCCUCUACUGAUCAGCUUGGAUGUACCUCUGAUGUUGAUGUAGAGAGUACCAUGAAGGAAUUCAAAGUUAAUACCGAAAAAUCUGCUCAAACUCUCGAAUGUCUUGAAAAGGCGUUUACGAUAGCUCAGAUUUUACGUGGUCAUAAUGACUCCUUCUUGUUUUCAUUCAUACUUGGAAUUCUAUUCGCUCCUAAGCAACCGAUGACCAAUAAACUCAAUCAAUUCCGAGAACAUCAUAUUGAGUGUGAACUUAUUGACAUUAUGAGGAGCAUUCCAAUCGGAGACACCGAGUUAGAAAAGCUACGCAAAGCAUGCCAUAUCAUGUGUAAUAACCGUGAUAAGCAAAUUCCUACAGUUCCUCAUAUUGCUUUACCUCACUUCAUAUACAAAACCUUAUCGUAUACAUUGAAUGCUAGUGAUGUAGAUCAGCCGAAUAAUCCGAGAGUUCGGGAUGUUAGAUGUGUUCGUGACAUUACUGAUGAUGACCUUUGCUUACAAGUUGCACUGGACGCACUUUCCUCUAAACUUUUGGUUCCCGAGGACGAGUUCCCAAUGUUAAGCGAAGUGAUAAGACGACAAAAGGGGGAUCUAUGUAUCGAUCUUUUGACGACUUACAAGGAUUCUCGGGAAAAAAUUGCUCUUGUGAUGGAUAGAUACUUGGAUCCUCAUUAUCAUAAGAUGUAUAGCCAACAUGCUUCUAAUGCCGCUUUUUUCCUCAAGAAAGAUUCUCAUCCAAACCCAGAAACUAGAAACAACGUUGUUCGGCGUCCACCAUAUCCACUUAAUGAAAAUUAUUUCUCCGAAGAAGAUCAUCAAUGUCUCCGACCAUCCAAAGCAGGUAUCAAACGUUGGAGGUUGAAAAAAAUUGAAUAUCCUACGGAAGCCCAUGCUCAAUAUAUGACAGAAUUGUCCAAAAGAAUUGUGGAAGAAGCAGGAGGAAAUCAGAAUCCGGUAGUCUUUGCACCGUUGGGAGCAAAUGCUGCUCAAGGUCCACAUCGUAACUUACGUAUGUGUGGAAUUUUAAUAUCAUUGUAUGGCCUUGGUCUCCACAAUAAGGUUUCUCCGAGUUGGCGUACAAGAACUUACAACACAAUAACAUCCUGGAUUAAUGGGCAAGCGAUCGAAGUUGGUGCUUCGGCAAUUGAGAUGAUCCGUGAGGUAUGGGUUGGUCACUUCACAGCCUCGGAAAUAGCAUCAUUGGCAGAUAAAGCAAGUAGUGAAUCAAGAGAUCCCACAGUCAUCAAGGAGGCUGCUGCACUAGCUCUGUCAGUUCUUCCUUAUGCAGAGAAACUUUCCUCCACUGAAAUUUCCAAAGCUCUGAUGCAAUGUAAAGAGCAGGAUAUAUCCAUGCUAGAAAGCGCAUGCUUAGCACUCAAAGAGGUAUAUGUGAAGCAUAAUCUACCGGCAACAACGAUGUGGCAAAUUGCCCAUCAUUGGGAAGAGUUGUACACUGAUCAACACUCUAAGCAGAAGAAACAGCUACUUCAGCAACAACCUCAAGGUGCUGGUAACUCUUUGCCACUACAUAUGCAACCUCCUAUUCAUCAGUUCAUUCCUCCUCCACAACAUUAUAAUAUGUCACAACCUGUGCAAAAUAUGCAUGUACCGCAUUUUCAUCCGAAUAUGCAUAACAUGCAGUUUGUUAAUUAUAAUCAGAAUAGUAUGAUAACCAAUGUCCCUUCUGGUCCUAUGCCACUAAUACCUUCGUUCAAACCGCCAGGCCUUCAUCAAAGCCAUUCUGCUCCGCAGCUUUCCUCAGUACCUACCCAACAACCUGGUGAACCUGAUAUGCGUCUAGUCCUUGCUCUUCAAGCUGGUAUUAGAGCCAUUGAAAGCAUAGGCUCAAACUCCAAUACGGAAGAUUCUCGGACACGAUACGCAGUGACCAGCAUGCAUACUCCAGAUAUUCAAUGGCUCUUUUCACUAUCUUUGAAGUUAGGUCCAUACUAUACGACCAAUUUCUUAGAAUGCUGUGCUCGAAAUUUGAGUUCACCGUUCACCUUGUAUAGUCUGGGAAUAGAAUCCAUUACUCUGGACAAGCAGUUUAAGUUGUUGCCUCAACUUAUUUACGGCCAAAUAGAUCAAAGCAGCAUGUCGAAACAAUUUCAUCAAAAUUACGGACAGGUACGCAAUGCAAUGCUGGCUCACUACCACCCACUCACCGCGGAAUUGUUCGAACGAGCUGUAGAGCAGUUCUUCGUCGCAAUCACCACUAAGCUCAAUUUUAGUCGUUUCAGCAGUAGUGAUAGGGAAGACGCAACCCGGCUUUUACAAGCAGCCUAUGAGGCUCUUCAUUGUGUUCCGGGAACCGGAAGAACAAUAUUUGAAGACCUUUGUAGACAAGCAAAGAAACAAAAAUCCGGGAAGAGAGAAAUGGCUUCGGUGAUAAACGAGUUGUUAAAACGAAAUCCAAGUUUCCAUUACCCCACUUCAUAUUCAUAG